GAACGAGCAGCAGGCAAAAUGACGUCGAGGGACGCCGCGAUACGGUAAAAUUGGCCGGACGAGGGCGGGCGCCACCAGCGGCGGCGUAACGAAAUGACUGGUAAGCAACGCCUCGUUAUUCUUAGCCAUUCGCCACGGAUCGUCGCUCUACUUUGGCUUCGUCAACCCUCCCUCUGGCUCUCUGGCCCUUUGGUUGCCCCGAAUCUCUGUGUGCGCCGAUCCGAUCGGUCUCGCUUCCUUUCCUCGGGCCCUAGACCAACCCUGAUCCUUCCAGCUCGCAUCAGCUCACUCAUCUGGUCGCUCUGGUCCAGUCCCAGCCGGUGCGGAUCUGGCAGUCUAGAUGCUGCUACCCAAUCCCGUGCAUAUGCCCGCCUGUCAACCAAGAUCUCCACCCCUGCCCCACGGACGCGCGCGGUUGGGCAUUGGUCUUAAGAGACCGAUGCGCCGUAUGCGAAAGGCCGUGGCCAUACGCUCGACGGGGACGGUGGACAGGAGGCAACUGCUGCGCUACCGCAGCUAGAGCACGCUAGGAGAUGCAGCUCGAGGAUUGAAUUCGGACCAAGUGGUCCCAGGCGACGCUGGCUACAGGUCACCG